AUGGCUAGUCCCAACGUUCUUACCUUUGAUGCUGAGGGUCGAGCGGUAGACUUUGAGGUCUGGAUAGAUGAUCUGCAGCUUUUCCUGCAGUGCGAUAGCAAAGACGGCCUCUCACUGUUUGAUCUCACGUCUGGUGCCUCUGCUGCCCCUGCUGCUAAUGCUGCUAGUACUGUUCGCUCGGUCUGGACCACGCGCGAUGCUGCUGCUCGCCUUGCUGUGCAUAGUCACCUGCCGUCCUCUGAACGCGCGCACUUUAGUCAGUACAAGAGUGCUAAGACCUUGUACGACGCUGUUGUUGCACGCUACUCCUCCCCUGCCACUGCUGCCCUUAGCCGCCUCAUGCUGCCGUACCUGGACCACUUCCUCUCCCUCUGCCCCACCACGCUCACCUGGUGCCCCCCCUCUCCCCUCUUGCCCUCUGUUGCCUCUGCUGCUGCUGUCGACCUCGUUGGCACCGAGUCGGUCGGCGCUGCGUCUGCUCCUAGUGGGAGGCGCCGCAACAGCAAGGGCAAGGGGGGCAAGGGGGGUGGAGGGGGCGGCGGGGGCGGAGGUGAUGGUGGUGGAGGAGGCGGAGGGGGUGGGGGUGGAGGUGGAGGUGGGAGUGGUGGCUCGGGUGGGGGCUUCGGUGGCGACGGUGGAGGUGGAGGUGGCGGAGGCAGCGGGAGUGGGGGUGGAGGUGGCGGCGGCGGAGGCGGAGGCGGGGGUGGCGGCGGGCAGCGGGGAGGCUCUAGCGGUGACCAGCGCCAGCAGCAGCAGCGCUCCCGUGAGACCCCGUCGCCUCAGCAGCUCCGUGAGUGGUACGCUGGGCGUGGGAGGUCUGGGGGUGCUGGUCCCUGCGCUUACGUUCUUCGCACCGGCGACCGCAGUGGAGAGACGUACGGCGGCCCGCACACCACACCCCGCUGCUUCGGCCGCCUGACUGACGCUUGGCGUGCACAGUUCCCUGGCUCCACUGAGAUCCCUCGCUGGGGUGAUCUGCUUAGGUCGGGGGUUGCUAUCUUUGAUCUUGACUAUGACACUAUCCUUGCUGCUAUGUAUGCUGUGUCUAUUAGUGCUGAGGGUGACUGUUACCUGUGUGUUCCGCCCGACCCGGGAAUUGAGGCUGCUGCUCUAGGUGCUAGUGAGUCUGCUGCUCCAGGUGCUGGUGAGGCUGCUGCUCUAGGUGCUAGUGAGUCUGCUGCUCCAGGUGCUGGUGAGGCUGCUCUCUCAGGUUACCGCGUCGGCUCAGUGGCAGUCUCUCUGGCUGACCCCUCUGGGGGACCAGUUGUGGCCCGUUCCUCCACUGUCCUCCCGUGCCCUGCUGUUCCGUCCGGCUCGCUGACUGGUCUUCACCUUCCCUCGUUCUCUACGAACUUGGUGGCGGGUGCUGAUCUUCAGGAUGGGGGUGUUCACCAGUUCACCCCUGCCCACCAGCGUGUGACGCACUGCACGUGUGCUGGGACGGGUCGUCACCUGGCCACGUUCACCCGUAGGCCAGGGUCCAGCCUGUACACCCUCACCACUGCGUCUCCUCCUCGUCAGCUAGCCGCGUCGGGUCAGGUGUUUGCUGCAGCGUCCCGGUCUGGCCCUGAGUCUGCCCCCUGCUCGUGUCGCCUCCUGGCCCACGAGACUCUUCUUUGGCACCACCGCCUUGGUCACCCCUCCCUGCCUCGUCUUCGAGGCAUGGCCUCCCGUGUCCUGGUCUCGGGUCUUCCUGAGUCCCUCCCUCCCCUUCCUCCGGGGCCUGCCCCUACCUGCGUUCCCUGCGUCGAGGCCCGCGUCCGUGGACAGGGUCACGAGCGUUACUUCCUGCUGGUCGUUGACGACUACUCGCGUUACACCACAGUCUUCCCCUUGCGCCGCAAGGGUGAGGUCACUGAGGUGUUGAUCGACUGGAUCCGCGCUGCUCGUCUCCAGCUCAGGAAGAGCUUCGGCUCAGACUUUCCUGUUGUGCGUCUGCACUCCGACAGAGGUGGUGAGUUUUCCUCUGACCUUCUGCGGGCCUUCUGUCGGGCGGAGGGCAUCUGCCAGACGUUCCCGCUCCCGGCCUCUCCACAGCAAAAUGGGAUUGCUGAGCGCCGCAUUGGCAUGGUCAUGGAUGUCGCUCGCACGUCCAUGAUCCAUGCGGCUGCUCCCCACUUUCUGUGGCCGUUCGCGGUUCAGUUGGCGAUGCGUCUGUGUUCCGUGUCUGGGGAUCUCGAGCUUUCGUCCGCGACUUGUCUGCGGACAAGCUGUCCUCUCGUGCUGUUCCCUGCGCCUUCCUUGGCUUCCCCCCCUGACGCGCCUGGUUGGCAGUUCUACCACCCCACCUUGCGCCGUGUUCUGUCCUCUCAGGACGUCACGUUUGACGAGUCGGUUCCCUACUACUGUCUCUUCCCCUACCGCACUGCCCCCCUCCCCCCCCUGCCGCUCUUCCUCACGCCAGGUCCUCCCCAGGUAGACCCCCUCCCCCCUCAGGGUCCUGCCCCCUCAGGUGUGUCUCAGGUAGACGCAGUCGAGCCUGUCGAGGUAGCUGUUGACUCUGGUGCUGCUAGGGGUGCUGAGCCUGCGGGUGCUGGGUCUGGGGGUGCUGAGCCGGCGGGGUGCUGGGUCUGGGGGUGCUGA